AGCUCUGCCUUUAACCCCUCUUUGGGCCUCGAUUUCAUCUUCCUAAAAUGGGCAUCCUGGACGCCCCCACCUGGAAGAUGGUGGAUGAGAUCUAAGCGCCCGACCGCGGCGAAGCGCGGGGCUGGGUAGGCUCGCAAGUCCGCCAGCCCGCAAACGACCACGUGGGGCGGCGCUGGUCGCGUCGGAACCCAAGCUGGGCGGCUCGCGGCCCCGCCCGGGCCCGUGCAGCCGGGGCGCCGGCGGAAGUGGGGGCGCCGGCACGCGGACCUGGGUGAGUUCGGGGUAUUGCAGCCUGGACAAUGCAGACUCCACUGGCCAGUCCUGUGCCUGUAAUCCGGCUCCCCCGGGGCCCUGAUGGCCUGAGCCGAGGCUUUGCCCCUGAUGGACGUAGGGCCCUCCUGAAGCCAGAGGUUUCUGAAACCCCGGAGUCCCUCAUAGUUCACGAAUCUCGGGAAUCCCAGGAGCAGCAGGCCCGAGCCAUGCUCCGGGAGCGCUACCUCCGCAGCUUGCUGGCCAUGGUGGGCCGCCAGGUCAGCUUCACCUUGCAUGAGGGUGUGCACGUAACUGCCCAGUUUGGAGCCACUGACCUGGACGUGGCCAACUUCUACGUGUCACAGCUGCAGACUCCAAUAGGUGUGCAGGCGGAGGCACUGCUCCGGUGUAGUGACAUUAUUGCUUACAACUUCAAGUUAUAAAGACAUUACCGUGGUCACCUUCUGCCUUAGGCCUAGCCACAGAUUCCCAGGCCUCUGACUGUUCUGGAUCUCUGGCCCCAUCGAGUUUAGAAUUCCCUUGGAAUUUUGAGCCAAUCUCCAAGCAACUUUGGCUUUUUUGGAUCUCCAGGGUCUAGUCAGUAAAAUUCUGCAACCCCAGGAGUUCUAUGUCCCGUGGAAAGGAAUGCUCGACCUCACAGAACUCUGAACUCUACAGAAAUGUGGGCCUUUGGCCAGUUCCUAAAGACUGGGGGUGGGCUGGGCUGGGGGAGGGGCAGUGGGAAUAAAGGAAGGGAAAUUGCAAAGUGGGAAAUUAUUUAUUAUAGAAGUUGCAGCCCUGGCCAGGGAGCUCAGUUGGUUAGCGUAUCCCGAUACACCAAGGUUGUGGGUCUGAUUCUGGGUUGGGUGGCUGAAAGAAACCACCAAUGAAAUGCAUGAAUAAAUGGAACAACAAGUGGG